AAAUCCUUAUCGAAUUCAACGUUGUGAACGAAACCUGUUCAAUCAGCAUACUUGGUACGCUCUUAUUACCUUAGAAUAUCUCAAAGGCAACUGAAGCUCUACUUUGAAAUUCAAUGACCAUCUCAGACCUCCACUACAUCGAAGUUGUAGAUCUGUAUAGACGAAUAUUGUCUCGGUGGCUGGAAAAAGCUUGUCCAAAUAAAAUUGCGUCGAGCCUUCAGCGCGCUAGGUACAGCUGUUCGUAUACUGCUCUUCUCUUAUCAGGCGAGAGUAUACAAGAGAUGAUAAGAAAUAUUCAAAAUAAGGUUUUUGAGCUACAGUCUUCAAUCGGAGCUGGAGCUAAUUUCCAAUAUCAGUCCGGCCAAGCUUGAUACUGGUUAAUUCGCAUUCGCUAGUCGAUGAGAGCAGAUCAUCAGUCUUGUCUCGCUCACAGGACUGGUUGUUGGUUUUAGAUUUGUAUUUAGCGCUGGGGCUCGUUUGCAUUUUAGGAGUAUCAUUAUGAGCUGCUUAUCGCGUUUUCGCUUAAUCACAUUCGAUGUUCAUAACACGUUGCUGCAAAUUCGGUCGGCGCCGGGUAAAAAGUAUGGAGAACUUGGAGCUAUGUUCGGUAUUAGUAAUAAUAAGAAUCAGCUGGUAGCUAAUUAUGUACAAAGUUGGCAUAAAAUGAACCGGUUGCAUCCGAACUUUGGACUGAAGACGAAAAUCGGAUAUAAGCAGUGGUGGCAAAUGAUGAUUGGAGGUAUUUUCAAUGAAAAUGGAACACACAACAUCCCGGAAGACAAGAUCGAACAAAUGACGGAACAUUUCAUGGAGUUCUUUAAAACUAGUGGAUUUUGGCAGCACUGUUACGGUUCGGUUGAUUUUCUAAACUAUCUAAAGCUUCAGAGGCACAUAGAAUCGCAAGGCAGUAAAGAACCUCCGUUCAAGCUGGGCGUCAUUUCGAAUUUUGAUCCGCGGCUAGACGUCCUGUUAAGAAACAUGAAACUGAAUCACUAUUUCGACUUUGUACUGAACUCGUACGAUGUUGGAUACAUGAAACCUUCGAAGGAGAUUUUUGCUGCUGCUAUGAAAGCAUCUGAAUUGAAAGACCUCAAACCGCAAGAGUGCUUGCAUAUCGGGGCAACACCUGCUACCGACUACUUUGGAGCUCGGCACGCCGGCUGGUACGGUUUACUGGUGCAUGAAAAAUCCGCAGAUGAAUUGUCUCGAAAAUACGGGCAAACGGUAGAUGACAAUCACGUUUUCUCUAGUUUGUUUGAUAUUCAUAAAAAGAUUUCGAAUGAUUACAUGAAAUGGUAAAUACACGUUUCAAUAAAAAAAAGUCGUUUUAUAUAUUUAUAUUAGUCUGAGGGGGAGUGACACUAGUUUCACAGACAAACAGACGUAACACUCUUCAAAACGGCUUGGCACAUGCAUUUAACGGUCAAUUCAAAUUUCAUUUGAUUUGCGCGAUCGUUCCACCAGAUGCGCUAGUGUUCGAUCACUUUGACGUUUGCCAGUGUAUACGUUGCUGAAUGAUGCAAACGAAAAUUACAGGCAAUUUGUGUAGUAGUGGGCGUGUCAGCAUAACGUCAAAUCGAAAUCCAUCAUGGCCGACAGUGUCGCACGCGGUUCUACCAACAGGUUGCAGUGUGCUCAUGCAAAUGACACCGGGCAAAAGUUUUUGAUGAAUUUCCUCUAAGAGUUACGUGUGUUUGUCUGUGCUAGUUUUUCCAAGCCGAAAAAAUAAAAAAAUCGAAAAACCCGAAAAAUCCGCAAAAGUUUUACCGUCUUUCAUUGGAGAAAAAUGCUUUUUCUUUUUUUCUUGCUCACUCCCCUUAUCAGACACGAGAAAGAGUUGGUAAGAAAGGUGCAAGUGAACCCCUUUUCAACCCGCUUUUUCUCGUGGUUAUCA